AUGAGGAUCCCUUACGUCGCCAACCCCCCGGAGCUCACUUCCCCGGAACACGCUGCCAUCGUCCAGCGCAUACAGGAACGUCGUGCGCCUCGCCCUCUGCAGUCUCUCGACUUGGCGUUGCUUCACUCCCCUCCCGUCGCCGAUGGCUGGAACACAUUUCUCGGUGCGGUUCGCACCAAGACGUCCAUCCCCGCUGACUUGAGGGAAUUGGCCAUCUCGCGCGUCGCCGUGUGCAACAGGGCGUGGUAUGAGUGGAAGCACCAUGCCCCGCUGGCCGUGGCGGCCGGUGUCAGCCAGCAAGGCAUGGAGGCUGUGAAAGUAGAGGAACGCUUGGAGGGUGAUGUCAAGGAGGGUAGCGACCUCAGCGAGAAGCAGUGGGCUGUUCUGGUGUAUGCGGAUGAGAUGACGAGGGAUGUGCACGUUAAAGAGGCAACUUUUGAGCGUCUCAAGGGACUUUUCACCGACCAAGAGAUUACGGAGAUCACGGCAACGGUUGCCUGCUACAACAUGGUCAGUCGCUUCCUGGUCGCUCUCGACGUGGGCGAGCGCAAUGGCACUGGCCCAGAAGAGGCUUCUGCUCACUAA